AAAAAAUUGGGGAAAGAAAAUUGGAAGAAAUCGUGCAGUUCGAUUGUCGUUUUCUUUGUUGAGAACGAAAGCUCUAAAUCCGAAAAAUUACAGUGCCAUGGAUUCUCCAAAUCCGAAAUUACACGCGCGGAAGACGAUGGAUUAGUACGGUCUACGUUGUGGGGGAGGUUUUAGAGAGAGAAAAAGGAGUAGGGGGAGCAUCGUAGUAGUGGGGUUGAAAAGUCAGGAGGGAGGGAAGGAGAGAGAACCACGUAAACGAAUAGUGGCCAAGCGUACAACGAAGGAUACAGGGAGGAACACGCACGACGCCACCGCCACAUUAGCCUAUUUUGGAAGUGUAUUAAUCUUUUGGUGUUGUUCGUAUUUAAUUCCCAAUCGAAGGGAUGGAUUCGUGAUUUUGUAAUUGUUGUUGUUUCGAGUUCAUAUUGAUUGAUUGAUUGAUUUGAUUUGAUUAUCGAAAAUGUCGAGUUCUUCUGCCGUCGAUUGGAAGUUGGAAGGGAUUGAAGAUGUCUGCGACUUUCCAUGGAGCGAUGAAGAAGGAUCGUCGAUGUCUUUGGAGAGGUAUAGCCAUCUCUAUGAUCUAAUGCACAUGGGGAACACUGCAUUUCGUGAAAACCGAAUAGACCAGGCCAUCGAGUUUUAUUCCCGAUCUAACAACAUCAAACCGAAUGAUCCUAUUAUUUUGAGUAGCCGAUGUGCAGCAUAUCUUCGGAUUAGCCAAUUCCUUAAACAUAGGCCAGCUUCUGCUUCAGAGCACCGACCAUUGAGUGGGCUAGAUCCAACAACCCAUGCUGGGCUUGCACUGAAGGAUGCGGAGAAGGUCAUGAGUCUACAAAGUAAUUCAAUAGCAUCCUACAUUCUCAAGGCAAACGCACUUAUACUGUUGGAAAAGUUUGAUCUGGCUCAUGACAUUAUUUAUUCAGGGCUGCAAAUUGAUCCUCAAAGCAAGCCUCUCCUCAAUUUAGAGAAGUCAAUAGCCACUAUGAUUACGAGAAGAAGUCAUGUAAAACCACAGCGAACUGAUGAUUUUGAUUGCACACUUUGUUUGAAGUUACUGUAUGAACCAAUCACAACUCCUUGUGGCCAUUCAUUCUGCCGCUCAUGCCUGUUUCAGACCAUGGACAGAGGUAAUCGAUGCCCAUUGUGUCGAACAAUUCUGUUUGUUAGUCCCAGAACAUGUGCAAUCAGUGUCACAUUAAACAACAUCAUACAAAAGAACUUUCCCGAAGAAUAUGCUGAAAGGAAGUCGGAGCAAGACAGCUUGACAUGUUUUGGUGUCGAUUUGUUACCUCUUUUUGUCAUGGAUGUUAUCUUACCUUGCCAGAAAUUUCAGCUAAACAUAUUUGAACCACGGUAUAGACUAAUGGUGAGGAGGAUAAUGGAAGGAAACCGUCGCAUGGGGAUGGCUGUAAUCGACUCAUCUACCGGUUCAAUAGCUGAUUAUGCAUGUGAGGUGGAGAUUAUAGAUUGUGAGCCACUUCUGGAUGGACGUUUCUUUUUGGAGGUUGAAAGUCGCAGGCGAUGUCACAUCCUACAAAAUUGGGAUCAAGAUGGGUACCGAGUUGCUGAGGUUGAAUGGGUAGAAGAUAACAUUUCACCAGAGGAAAAUGAGAGAACCAAUUUACUAGAGAUGGUCGAGAAGGCAGCAACCUUUGCUAAAAAAUGGAUAAAAGAUGCACAAGAAGCGGCACAGGGAGAUAGAAUAAGGCUUGCCGAGCUGUUCAAAGCCGAAGGCUUAAUGCCAUCCAUACGGGAUCCUGAGCGCUUUAGCUUUUGGCUUGCGACGUUAACUAAUCGCAGGCCAUCGGAGAGAUUAGAUCUCCUUCGAAUGAGAGACACAAAAGAGAGGAUUCGAAGGGCGCUUCUAUAUUUAAAGGCGGAAGAGCAAGGAUGUCGGCUACAAUAAUAUUAUUAAUAUUAAUAUUAAUAAAAAUAGCCGUUGCUGCUGCUGCCGCCGCUGCGAGUAUGUAUGUAUUGAUUGAAUGAAUGAAUGGAUGAAUGAGGUUGUGAAAUAUUUGUUGUCAAAUUGUUGAUAAGAAAUAUUCUUUGGAUCUUUCUGUCCAUCCUUAUUACAAACAUUACAUACAUACCCACAACAAGAUGAAGAUGAUGAAGAAGAAGAUGACUAGAACAAGACUGAAGGAUUAUACCCUUUUAAUGAGAAGCCUCUCUCUCUCUCUAUAUAGAUAUAUAUAUAUAUUCUCUCUCUAUAUAUAUACAUAUAUAUAUAUAUGUGUGUGUUUAUAUGUAUCAAGAAAACCACCCUCUAAGUGUUUUUUGGUUAUUGGUAUUGUGUAUGGUUUUCUUUUUCUAUUUUUUGGGUUGUAAAUAAGGUCACAGGAAAAUGACUUUUAAGAAUACCCUCCUACUUAAUUAACUUUUAUUGAAGAAAUAG